UCAAAUAGUCUUGAACAAAUCGACAAAGCAAUGAGCGGAAGAGGCAAGGGCGGGAAAGGACUCGGUAAAGGAGGCGCUAAGCGUCAUCGUAAAGUCCUCCGUGAUAACAUCCAGGGAAUCACCAAACCAGCGAUCCGCCGCCUGGCUCGUCGUGGUGGAGUCAAGCGGAUCUCCGGUCUGAUCUACGAGGAGACUCGCGGAGUGCUGAAGGUUUUCCUGGAGAACGUGAUCCGUGAUGCCGUCACCUAUACAGAGCACGCCAAGAGGAAGACCGUCACCGCCAUGGAUGUGGUGUACGCUUUGAAGAGACAGGGACGCACCCUGUACGGCUUCGGCGGUUAGAAUAUUGUCAUGAGUGUCCAAGUAACCAAAGGUCCUUCUAAGGACCACCCAAAGUUCUGAAGAAAAGUUGACUUGAAAUUACUGAAAAUCUCCUGAGACUCGGCCCAUGCGUUUUAUGUCCAUUAUACGUGAAAUGUUUUAUUUCACCAGUGUACUUGUAAAGAAUUAAUGGAUACUUUUCCAGAUCCUACUCUACUCUGUAGAGCAGGGGUGUCAAACUCCUUUUCACUGAGGGCCACAUCAGUAUAGUGGUUGUCCUCAAAGGGCCAGACAUAACUUAAACAUGUAACUGAAUGUAAUGAAAAACAAACGUAACCUCUCAAUGUUAACUCAUUAUUUAUUGUAACGUCUUAAAUGACAAAUACAGCUGCAUAGAAAAAGUUUGUUUCUCUAGAAUAAAUCCGUUUACAUUUGAUUCAGUCAGGUUA